AUGGAUUCAAAUUAUUUAAUCUACCUCUUCUGUGGCCAAAAAGUUAUUUGGGAUAAAAGAAACUUUUAUUUAUAUGAAAAUGAUGAAUUUUUUAAAAAUAAAAUGAAUUUUUUAAAUGAAAAAAUUAAAGAAAAAUAUGGUUUUUCAACAAUAGAAAGGGUUUAUCAAUAUGCAGAAAAAAAUGAAAUUCUAAAUGAUCAAAUAUUGGUUCAUUUAAUGUUACUAAUUUUCCAAAUUACACUAUUUGAAUUUUUAACACAAAAGCACAAACCAAAUUUAAUUGUAGGUAUAAGUUGUGGAGAAAUUCCAGCACUCUAUUGCAGCGGUAUAGUUGAUUUAGACACAUCCAUAGAUCUAUCUUAUAAGCGUGGUUAUUAUUUAAACCAAACAUUAUCUUUUGGAGGCUCAAUGGUUUAUAUAGAAUCCAACGAUGCAACACUCAGAGAAAAAAUAGGUGAUUUAGGUCCAGUAGUACAAGCAGGUAUAAACUCACCAAACACAUGUUUCUACGGCGGAAAAGAAGAGGCAAUCGAUGAAUUCAUAGUAAAGUUAAAUCAAGCUAAUUUUUACAAUAAAAAGUUUUUCCUUAAAGGUUGCUUCCAUUCCCCUCACAUGGAGUCAAUUAAAAAGGAUAUUUUGGAUAUCGGUUUUGAGUCAAAGCAACCCUCCAUUCCUUUUAUUUCAGUCUCAAAUAAUAAGAUGCUAAGUGGUUCCAUUCAAGAAGAUCUCUACAACUCAAAUAGUCUCUAUGAAAACAUUAGAAACACUGUACAAACAUCUUUUACAUUCCAACGUAUUUUUACCGAUAUAGAAAAGAGCCAAUCAAUUAAAAAAGCAAUUAUUUAUGAAAUGUGCCCAUUCAGUUCAAACAAUGAUUACAUAACCGAUAUUUUACAAUCUGUAGAAGGAAAUAAACUCUCCAUGGAUCAAACAUUAUUUUGCCUACCCUCAAAACCUAUAAUAGAUACAAAUUUCCUUUUUGAUGAACUACAAAUGCUAUUAAAUUAA